AUGGGCUGUAAUCCAUCGAGACCUCUCAAUGGCUCACAAACAGACGUAGACCAGACCCUGUCCAUGCACUUUCCGCUCACCGUAACUCGUCCGCCUCGAUACUCAUACAAUGAGCACAACGAAGCGUGUCGCCUUCUACGGCCUUGGGCUGUGCGAGGCGCAAAGUCCCGCAGCUUCAUGUUCGUUGUUCAUGUCAUCAACAAUAGUUUGCUAGAUAGGUCGCAAACACUUGCCCAGAUCAGGCUGCUGAGCCACUUGCAACAGCUCGCAUACAUCCAUAAGCUUCAGGUUUUGGUCAAGUGCCUGGAUUACUUGUCUGAUACC